AUGGCAUCCAAGAUCGCCAAUUGCGAGCCCCCUGGGCCGCUUGGUUACGACGAGUACUGGCGAGUGGGCGAUUUCAAGCUCAUCACCUCCGACGGGGUGUGCUUCCGCGUCUCCUCCAUUUUCCUGGAUUGCUGGUCCGGUAUGCUGAAUGCUGGUAGCGGCCCCAAGGUCAUUGAACUCGACGAGCCGUCCAUUGCUGUGCACGGCUUCCUGUCUUCCGUCGAGAACCAGCGCCUCGACCAAUUGUGGAUGGAGCAAGACCUGUUCGCACGCGCUGUGUCGGUUCUGUCCUUCAUGGCGCGAUUCGGGUGCGACGCGGUGCUGGAGAUCGCCCUCGCCAGCCUCAAGAGACGCGUUCAGAUCGGCAAGUGGCCGCGCUUCCUCCUCUUCCUCGUCGGGGCCAUCCUUCGCCGCCCGGCGCUGUGUGAGGAGGCCGUGACCCCAUCGCCGGAGUACGUGCCCGACGCAACGUGGGGGACAUUUGCGACGGCCCUUCGUCCGCCCCUUGCCUGUGGUGGUUUGGGUGCGUGCACCUUGGAUUUCCGCGGACACAUCAAGCAGACGCUCGACGCCCUUCCGACCGAGUACCUCUGCGCCCUGGCCGCCUGGGACGCAGCCACUCACAUGCUCGCGACUCGUCUCCCGGAGAGUGUGAAGUUUGGCGAUUACUUGGACAUGUUCCUUGGCAAACCGACGGUCGUCGGUUACACCCAGCGGAGAGCUUACAAGAGCUCGCAAGCCAUGCAACGUCAAAUGCCGAUCAAACCUCGCAAGCACAAUGGUCCCCACGAGAACAUCAGUCCUCGCCAGCACCGCCUCCCCCGCAACACACCUGCGGGCGGCCAGAGCGAUUCUGCGACGGCGUCGGCAGGGCCGUCCCUCGAUCCCAGGCUGUCUCGCAGGCUCGCUCUUACCAAACACAGCAAGAACGCCCGCCAGCAGGUCGUUGAGCCAAUCGUCCUGCUUCAAGUAAGUGUCGUAAACGGGCCCUGCCCCCACCACUCCGACACCUGCGACUCGUACAAGCCGUCCGCCUGCUCCGUCCAACGAGCCGCCGAAGCAGCCGUGCAGUGCGCCGGUCCCCACUGCGCUCAUCAGGCGACCAAGCAGCCCAACGACCACGUCGCUCUGCCGUUCGGCUCUCAGGCUACUCAUCCGGCCACACAGUACGAUGAUCAGCCAGCCACUCAUCAGACUACUCAGCAGCUGGCCACACAGCCGGCCAAGCCGCCCACUCAGCAGCCCAGCAAGGGAUUUGUCGAGCGGGCCAUCGUCCGGUCCAAGAGGCAGCUCUCCAAGCUGAUCGCGAAGAUGUCCUUCACUCCUCGCGUCAAGCAUUCCCACGAGGCAGCUGUCAACCACUCUCUUGAGCAGUCGGACCAAACCACCUAG